GAAAAUUGUGUCUCGCUAAUCAAGAGUCAAAUACUAUCUCGCGAAAGUAAGGUGUUGCGAAAAUUUAGUGAUCUACAGUAAGUAAAUGCAAUUGACUCCAUCAUGAAAAGUUAAGUGGAAGUCAUUUUCCUCAGAUCACGUGGUCGGCUUGAAUAAAUGCAUAAUCAACUCGAGUUUUUUUUUCAGAAGAUGAAUGAUGACUAACAUGUGGUGUAUGCUUUUCAUUUCAAUUGUUUGGGCCAAUUUUUCAACCAUAAAUUCUGUCCGUGUUUGUGAACCUGGUACCUUUGGAUGGCAUUGUAAGUUCUCAUGCUAUUGCGCAGAGGGCAGCUGUGACCCAAUCACCGGGACCUGUCCCUCGGGCUGUCAACGAAACCGCUAUGGUCCUGGAUGUCAGCUACUAUCUGCGUUCCGAUACUCGGUGGAGGCUCAUGGAUAUCAGGGGAGCACAGACAGAACUGCAGACGGAGAAAAAUGUGUUAUGUGGAACAACACCGUGUUUGUAGUUAUGUAUGGCUUGAAAUCCUCGGAUUUUCCUGAUCAGGCAAUCCCUGGUGCUUUUUGUAGAAAUCCACUAAAUCUCAUAUUCAGAGGACUUGAAGGCAGAGGGCCAUGGUGCUUCACCAACUUUAUGGAGAAAACUAAAUUCUAUGGAUCAUGUGAUAUUCCAGUAAGAGGAUGUGAUUCUGGAAGGUUUGGUGAGCUGUGCGAGUUUGAAUGCCAUUGUAAGUAUGAGAGUCCAUGCACUCCUAUGGGAAUUUGUCCAUCGGGAUGUCAUCCAGGCUGGCUCAAGUCAACCUGUCAAACACCAUGUGACGCCGGUUACUACGGAGAAGAUUGUUUAUCUGCUUGUGGAAAUUGCAAAUCGGGUCCAUGUGAUUUCGAAUCCGGGGAAUGUAUUGGAGGGUACUUAACAGGCUGGAGGGGAAAACUGUGUAAAACUGCACACGAACUCACCGUUCCCAGAACAUCCACAUUGCCAGAAUCCGUAAAUUACAUUUGGCAUUUAAAGAUUCCAGAAUCCAGAUGAUUUUUCUUCUGCUUUCGAUCCAAGAAAUGUGUAUUGCUACCAAUCACCAAACAGGGGCUGUUUCUUUUUUAUCAUGUUCUAAUGGCAAUGGUUCCUGAGAAAGGAUCACUGUACAGGUAAAUUGAUUAAUGUUUAAGGUGAAAGGGGUAAUUACUAAAUAACAAUAAGAAUGUUACAAAUGGCACGAAUGCUAGGCAGUAUAACAUUUAGACAAAACCGACAAAAUGUACAAAAUAUUGAAAGUUGAAGAGAGUGAUUUUCUGUUAAAACAGCUUAUCAAAAAAAUACAAAUAAAUGUAAUUUUGACAAAUAAUAAAUAACUUUAAAAGACAUCAAAAAAGACUUUUACCUACUCGGAUUAAAGUGAUAGUUUCCUAACAUAUAAUCGCUUUUUUCAUAUAACAUCAGAGUUAAAGUUGGCAGUAAUAAGAAAUUAGAAGGAGGAAUGUUAAGCAAGUCAUCUAAUAAAACCCCAGUUAUUUCCUACAGUAGAGUUAUCUUAAAUGAUUCACUGGUAGUGUUUUAUUUAAAUUUGUUAAAAUCCUGAUUCCAGGGCUCAGGAUGGGGUAUCCAUCCAUCCCGGUAUUAUCCCGUACCCUGUCACUAAAGUCUAUGUAACAUUUUUUUCCCACUGGAGAAACAUUUACAUAAAAGCUUUGGCUUUUAAAUGUUUUCUUUUUCAUGCUUCAUUAUGCUUAUACCGUUCCUAUUUUGACGUCAUGUCGUAAAAGUUACCUAAUACCUCGACCGUGUAUAAAUUUACAACUUAGUGGGUAUAUGUAAUCCACCUCCUUCAAGUGACAGGUUUCAACCAAUCGUAAGCGAGGAUUUCGUCGAUAAAUCAACAGAGGUGGGAUAAAUCUUGUUUCUAUACAGCAAAGUAAGGUAUGUCCUUAUGCCCAAGCGUUUUGUUGAUGUUCCUUCUAAACUUGAGUCCUAGAGUUUAAUGACAUCAUAUUACGACGCCAUAAUGUGAACUGGCUAUUGCAUGUGGUUUGAGAAUUUGAAAACAUGCCAUAACAUUUUCUGUGCGGUAGGUAAAGUACUUAUGGGUUCAAUUAGAUAAUUUUCCAUGGAAAACUCCAUACAUUGCCUGAUUGGCAUAGAAUUGCAAUAGCGUGAUCUGAAAUCAAAUUUCUGAAGGGUUUUUUUUUUUUCAAUAAGUGGUGCAAGUGUUGCAUGAAAUGGAGUCCCUAUUUUUCGAGAUCACCGUAGGUGUUCAGAUAUACAACGGAAUCAAGAAGUGAAGCAUUUUCGUCAGUGAUAUGGAGAUGAGGGCACAGAGUGUAAGAUAGAAUCUACAACCAGGGGCACCUCCGUCAGGUUAUUAAUUGUUUCAAGGCCACCUACGCCCAGACCAUCAGGAGCAGCUACCGGUACUAAAAAAAGUAAACCUACCACUACAACAGAUGUAAGAUAAAAUGAAGAACAAUUCAUUUAAAAUCAAGAGAAAAAAGGAGGAAAGUGACUAUAAAAUAUGUAUAAUGAAAAGAUAAAUUUGCUAAUAAAAUAAUCGAUACAUUGGGAACACAUCACAUCACCAGAGAGUGUUUCUUUCCUUAUAUCCUGACAGAGCACGACCAGCCUAUCAUGAUAAAAUUAGAAAUUAAUAUAUUGAAAAUUGUUAUAAUAUGCAUAUACUUGUUCUUUUUUGGUAAAUCUUAUUGUCUAGGGAAAAUCAUUGUGUUGUAUCAUGUUUUAAACUUGAAGGAACAUAAUGUUAAUGGCUGGUAUUCUAAAUGCAUAGAAAUUAUAAUUUCAGCAAAUCAAAAUUUAAUAAGACAAAGAACUGUUGCCAACUGACUUUAAAUUUCUGUCAAGGUAUUUCUUAGAUCUUUGUUUGAUAUGUUUUAAAGUUUUAUUUACAUGAAUAAAAUUCUUUUGGAGGUUUGAAUUGAAAUCUUUUGUUGUGUUUGUAAAGUUUACAUGUUCUUUUCGUAAUAAAUUGGUGCCAUUAUGUAUUGAAGAUUGUUAUGUAUGUAAUGGAUAUAAUAUUGAACAAAACAUGCAUACAUUUAGAAGAUAACCCAUCACAAAAGAUUCCUUGCUAUUUGAGGACGUUUCUGUACAGCUUGGGCUUCUCAAGUCUUUAUUCCUGGCACAUUUCAAUUAUCUCUAAUAAUAUUUUGCUGAAUAAAAUUGCACACUUCAUCGUUUGAAAAUACAUACAAUAUGUAUACAUAUUUUUCUUUUCGUUGACGCUGUGAAGUUUCUUUCUAAUUAAU